AUGAUGCACUUGGCGGCCACUUUCGCAUUCUUUACCGUUGCCUCAGCCAGCUCCAGCUGUGCUGAGGACCCCUCCUCUCCUGCGUGUGCGGCUCGUGCGCGCGAGUUGCUGCAGACGCAUGCGGUCAAGGGUAUUCAGUUGGAGGCGACCACGCUGAUGAGCUUCGAAGCACUCCAGCAACAGGUCGAGGCGUCCUUCAGCCACGCAAAUCGCCUGCGAAGCCGUGGGAAGCUCUUGGUGGAGCAGGAUUUGCGGCAGCACGCACGAGAGCUGCUGAAGACACGGAGUUACCGGCGUGAGAACACGUGCCUAGAGCCAACGUGUCAUCGAUAUCACUGGAAUCCUCCUGGGCCAAUUUGGAGGAAACCGCGGCGGCUCAGCGCCGCUCCGCGCUCGAGGAAUGCAGCCGUUCACUUCAGCCACUUCGUGCAGUCCUCAGGCCUCCACACCGAACUCACCAGUGCGGAGAUCACCGCCUUCGAGGAACGUGUCAUGGAGGAGAUGGAGAUCAUGUGCAAGCACCAUGCCAUCGACAGCAUCCCGGAUGCCACCACACAGGCCGAUGUGUGGAUGACGGAUUUCCUGCAAAGCUUGCGGGAUGAGCAGCCGGUGUUGACCGAGAAGCUCUUCCAGGUCUUGCAGGGCGAGAGCGGCUUCACUCUGGAGUUCAGUGCUUGGUUGGCCAACUUCUCCCAGAUGGAUUUGCAGCGGCGCACCGGCAUCCAGCACGACAACAGCUCUGUGCAUGCGUCCUUCCUCCAGACGGCCAGCAUCACCGAGACGAUGCGCACGCGCUCCCUGCCAGCCACCUUCGAGGCGCAGGAUCAAUGGCCCCACUGCCGGGAGAUCAUCGGACGGAUCCACAACCAAGGCCAAUGCGGCAGCUGUUGGGCCUUCGGCGCCUCCAGCGCCUUAGACUCCCGCUUGUGCAUCGCCACGGGCGGCGUCUUCAACGGUGCGGCGGCGCAGCUGAGCCGAGGCUAUGUGGCCUCGUGUGCACCGCCUGGAGGCGAAGAUGGCUGUGGCGGUGGUUGGUCCUGGUGGGUCUUCGACCUCAUGGCCAACAGUGGCGUUCCCACCGGAGGCACCGCGGGCUGCUCGCCCUACUUCGGCCACGGCGAUGGCACGGAUCACUUCGCGCAGUCGGGCGUGGCACCGCCCUGCCCCACGAUGUGUGGCAACAGCGCCUUUGGACGAAGCAUCGAUGAGGACAAAUUCAAGCUCGCGACCAGCAACUAUAUCCAGAUCGCCAGCUACAAGCAUCCGUUUCCCGCUCGUGUCUACCACUUGGCGCGGGAGGCCAUCAUGACCGGUGGGCCCAUCCCAGCAUAUCUCUAUGCAGACGGCGGCUUCAUGUCCUACACAAGCGGCGUCUACACCCACGCCUGCGACAGUUGGGCCAAUCACGCGAUCACGGUGAUCGGUUGGGGCCCGGACUAUUGGCAUUGCUUGAACUCAUGGGGCGACUGGUGGGGAGACCAGGGGCGCUUCAAGGUGGGCUUGUGCGUCUUGACCGACUUCCAGAUCCCCACCACCAGCCUCGCCGGGGACUCGGCGCACUACAGCUUUCCUUUGGAGGGUGAGACCCACACCCCGCAGCAGGGCCUGAACCCUUCGGAGAGCUACACGCACAUCGUGCAAGAGGCCCAGGAGGUGUCGCCGCGCACCACGGAUCGUCACUGUUUGUGCGCCACCGCGUGUGACACUCACGGCUACGACUUUGGCGUGUUCUGCUGGGUGACGGACACCGUGUGCCAGGGCACCAAUUGGGGCUACUGCGAAUUUCCGCCCAACUUGACUUCCACCACGACGACCACCACCACUACCACUACAACGACCUCCACCACUACCACCACCGCCACGACGACCACCACCACGACGACCACCACCACUACCACCACAACGACCACCACUACGACGACCACCACCACUACCACGACCACCACCACUACCACAAACAGCACUACGGUGACUACGACCGUGUCGGGAAAACCAUGGGAGCUGACCAUGGGCCCUUGCUCUGUGGACAGCGUCGGAUGCAUCAUGAGCCCCGGAUACAGCGCAGACAGCUACAGCACCUAUGACAAUCAUCAGGACUGCACUUUCGAGGUCAAAGAGCGCGUGAAGAUGGAGGUGGAAGACUUCCAGGUGGAAGCGGGCUACGACUUCUUGACCGUGAACGGCGCACAGUACAGUGGCCACACCACACCCCACGGCAAGAUCACCGAGCUGGGACAGAUCACCUGGUCUUCGGACUAUAGCGUGGUCAUGACGGGCUUCAAGGUUUGCCCCAAGGCCUUAGGCCCCUGCGACUGA